AAGUGGCCAGAGUUCUUAUUUGGGCUUUGUUUCCCAUUGGUUGAAACUGGGGUUUCCAUGGCAGCACUUGUAAACAUUCCGUCUGGGAAUCCUGGGGAAAAGCUGCUGAGAGACUGUUUCUGAGGCUUCCCUGGCUACCACUAUUUCCAACAAGGAUCUGGUCACUCAGCCAAAAGAAAAUGAAGAAGGGGAGAACUAUCAGAUUUAACAAAAUAGUAUAUGUGCAUAACCAUCCCCCUAUCCCACUGGUGGAUAAAAACAGCAAUGUGACUGAACCAGCAAUGCAUAAAGGUGGCAAAGUGGCUCUACCAGCAAUGCAUAGAGAAGACAUCAAUGUGACUGAACCAGCAAAGCAUAAAGAUGACAAAUUGACUCUACCAACAAUGCAUACAGACAAUGUGACUGAACCAGCAAUGCAUAAAGGUGGCAAAGUGACUCUACCAGCAAUAUAUAGAAAAGACACCAAUGUGACUGAACCAGCAAAGCAUAAAGGUGGCAAAGUGACACUACCAGCAAUGUAUAGAAAAGACACCAAUGUGACUGAACCAGUAAAGCAUAAAGAUGACAAACUGACUCUACCAACAACGCAUAUAGACCAUAUCAACAUGACUGAACUAGCAAGGCAUAAAGAUGGCAAAGCGACUCUACCAGCAAUGCAUACAGAAGAUGACAGUGUGACUAAACCAGCAACGCACACAGAAGACAGCAAUAUUACUGGACCAGCCAUGCCCACAAAAGACAGAGGUGUGACUGGACCAGCAGUGCCCACAGAACAGAGCGAUGUGACUGGACCAGCAGUGCCCACAGAACAGAGCGAUGUGACUGGACCAGCAGUGCCCACAGAACAGAGAGAUGUGACUGGACCAGCAGUGCCCACAGAACAGAGAGAUGUGACUGGACCAGCAGUGCCCACAGAACAGAGUGACGUGACUGGACCAGCAGUGCAUACAAAUGAUGGCGACGUGACUGAAGUAGCUCUACGUUUAGCUCAGGGUGCCAUCACCGCUGCUGUUCAGACUGUGCAAGAUGACUACCCCAUUGAAAAUAUCAAAUGGCUCACACAUGGUGAAUUCACAACAGAAAAGUGCCGUGUACAAAUUGAGGAGUUCAUUAGGACUUGGAAGUAUCAAGACCGCUUGGUGUGCUACGCAAAGUUGAUAGAGACAAGAGAUGUGGUUCACAGCUUCCACUACAUCUACUAUGUACGCUGGAGCCUCCCAACUGCUCAGAGGCCUAUGAUACCACAGUCUGCCUAUGCCUUCUUCACCAUCAAGUUCAACAAAAACAAACCUCCGGAUGCACCCGUUGAUGUCUCUUACUUCUUUGAAGGCCAGUCACUGCUUCACAGACCAGGAAUGGCUCACUUUCCAGAAAACUGCUUGAUUUACAUGAUUGAGGCCAAAAAUAAGUUAGCAAAGCCAUUUGUCUCCGAAAUCAAUUAUGUCUGAUUCUUACAGAAUGUGUUAGGAUUGGAUUCCUAAUCCAAAUGUAUUAAUAAUACGAUACUGCACAUCAAACCACAAAACAUUUAUUGAAUAAUAAACUUGUGGCACACAA